AUGAACCCCGAGUACGACUACCUCUUCAAGCUUCUCCUCAUCGGUGAUUCCGGUGUUGGAAAGUCUUGCCUUCUGUUGCGAUUCGCCGACGACACAUACACCGAGUCCUACAUCUCCACCAUCGGUGUUGACUUUAAAAUCCGCACGAUAGAGCUCGAUGGAAAGACGGUGAAGCUGCAAAUCUGGGAUACUGCCGGUCAGGAGCGUUUCCGCACCAUCACUUCCUCCUACUACCGUGGUGCCCACGGCAUCUGCGUCGUCUACGAUGUCACCGACAUGGACUCUUUCAACAACGUCAAGCAAUGGCUCCAGGAGAUCGACAGAUACGCCACCGAGGGCGUCAACAAGCUGCUCGUUGGCAACAAGAGCGAUAUGUCCGACAAGAAGGUUGUCGAGUACACCGUCGCCAAGGAAUUCGCCGACAGCUUGGGCAUUCCCUUCCUUGAAACCUCUGCAAAGAACGCCAGCAACGUCGAGCAGGCUUUCCUGACCAUGGCCCGCCAGAUCAAGGAGCGCAUGGGUAGCACGACCGCGAACAACACGAAACCCUCCGUACAGGUUGGCCCUGGCCACGGUGUCUCCUCGAACUCGGGAGGUGGCUGCUGCUAA